AUGGUCAUAUUUUUUCAAUCAUUUUCAACUGUUUAUAAACAAGCUCAUAGUUUUUUAAUAACUAUAGUUGAACCUGUUGGUCGACCUAUAGAUUAUCAGCUUAUUCACUGUAUGCUGCUGUAUCUAUUUGGCUUACAAACCAAUGAUAUUAUUGACACUUUACAACAACUUAGUAGUAUAAUAAUAUCUAAUAUGAUCAUUGAAUUUAUUAAAUUAUGUACAUUAACUUAUGGAAAAGUCAAAUUAGUAUUAAAACAUAAUCAAUAUUUUGUUGAAAGUGCUUGUCAUGAUAUUUUAAAAAAUCUUCUACAUGAUUCACAAAUUCAAGAAUGUCGAUUAAUAACAAGAAAGAUUAAUAUUGAUAUAAAUUCAAAUGUAUCUGUUCAACAAUGA